AUGUCAACACGCAAACUCAAACGCAAUAUUUCUAAUGAUCCAAACAAUGACUACGGUUCCCAUUUUGCUCUCAAGAAACCCAAAAUCCGGAAGCCUCUGCUCCAACACACCGACGCUUAUGAAACUCCUCACCCAACGGCGUUAUCACAAUCCGAAGUCUAUAAGCUACCUUCCUCUGUCGGCGAACGAAUGUCGCCUUCCAAGUUUUCCCCGAUUCCAAAAGCUGUCCAGGUUCAAGCGAAAACGAGCUCUACAAACCUGAAAGAAAAUGCUUCCACCGCAAGUCCGUUCAAUAAAGAUCGGUAUCCGAUGAACAAGAAAUAUGGCUCAAAGAAGCAGAAAAAGCAAAAGGCCAACCCGAAUCUUGCUCUCGAAAGCCCAUUCUAUCCCUCUUCUCCUGCUGCAGUGUCUCUUCGAAAAGAAACUACGCAAGCUGGUCUAGAGAAGCUUCUGACGUUUACUCAGGGCAGUGAAUCACCACCUGCCGUACUCAAACCCAAAUCUACCGCUCGCCGUCCUUCUGCUCCAACACCACCACGAAAAUCAGACUGGAAAGAAAUCAAGGUCGGGAUUCCUACCAAUGGAUCUGCAGUGGAUUUACUUCACGAUGAUAACAACGUGGUCAAAUCCAAAUCUACCGCUAUUACUGCCGCUACCGAAGACGUAUUCCACCGCGCUCCGAACUUUGCAUCUAUAAACUUCAACAGACCACCUUCUCAGCUCUCUUUGUACGACUAUAAUCGUAGCAUCACCUAUUCUCCUGAACGAGGCGGAGACGAGUUUUUCUCCAAUAUCCGGGGCGAAUCUACUCCUUUCAAUAAUGACAAACGUCCACCGCUUUCUGCUAAUACUCGCUCUCUCCGGAGUAGUCACGUCAAUCCCGUUUCUGAUACCGAUACGGAUAGUGAUUCUUGUGAAGGUGGAGGAGCAUUCCACGACUCAGAUUCAGACUUUGAUAUGGGUACGGAACGGAACGAUUCUCUCUUCCCAUCUCUCAAAUUGGCAUCUCGAGCUAGAGCUAGGUCCAAUGGAAGCGGGUAUGUCACGCCUUCAGAGGACGAUGAAGAAGAUCACGACGGAAGCUUACCACGACUUGGAGUACCGAGGUCUCCCUGGAUCAAUGACUCCCUCAUCUCUGCUCCGGAUACGAGGGAUUGGAGACUACCCCCCCGAUCUGCUCCUAGGUAUAUGCGCGGUGAAAAAGAGUUGAAAGAUGCGGAGAUGGAACAGAGCUUUAUGGAGGGUAUGUUCGAGUCAUUGAUCAUCGAUGACGGAACGAGUAAACAAUCGUCCGCUUCCGUACAAAAGUAUUCUCUUCCCCCUUUGGAUUGUGAUGCCGUGCCACCACCAUCGAUGAUCCUACGAACCAGAUCCUUGGGGGAUGCAGACGAACUUCGCGACCUACCUCAAAGUCAAAGCCAGAGUCAACUUGACCCUAAUCAUGAGGUUUCCACGACUUACGCUAAAAGAACCCGAAGCGGAACCGUAGUUCAAGCCCAAAAGCCGGAUGCCGUUGCUACUGGUGCUCCUGUGUUGGCUCCGGCACUCCCAGUCAUCUCCAGUGUCUUCAGACGGACUAGGAGCGGUACAGUCACGGUCGGGUCCGGGAAACCUGGGCUAGGGGUCAUCUCCGGUUCUUUCAUUUCUUCAAACCCUGCUACCUCCUCUGCUGCAGCUUCUUCAGCGACUACACGACGGACACGUAGCGGAACCGUUGUGGUGUCUGCUUCUGCCACUAAUUCUACGAACUCUAAUGAAGGUCUACCACCACCGGCGCCGGCACCAGUAACAGGGAGAAAACGGAGUGGGAGUGUCAUGCAGCUGCCUAUGCUGGAGUCCGUAGGUGAAGCUCAUGCAGUAGUAUCGCGGUCCUCUGGUGAAGUCCCUCCACCACCAAUACGAAGUCGAACUGCCAGCGGGAGAACACGCAGUGGGAGUACGACUGUCCGAGCGCUCGUACCAAUUUUGGCAUCAGUGGGUGAACGUGAAGGCGCUUCUGUGUCUGUUGGUGAGGGUGGUGGUGAUAUGCCAGCGCCAAGGUCCUCGAGGAGAUUGAGGAGUGGUAGUGUCCAAGGUGUCGGGGCUGGGAUCAAGGCCGCGCUAGGAAAACUCCCGAUUCCUGGGAGUGGGAUGUUGGGUAGGAUGUCGGGUAACGGUGCUGGUAAGGCUGCCCUCAGCGUGCCCUCUGCUACUGCUCCGGCGCUGGCACCUGUUUCUCCUUAUCUGGACCACAACGCUGAGAUGGUGGUGGCCGAAGGGUCACGUUCACCGGAUCCGCUCGAAGUGUUGAUGUGGAGUCCUGUCAUAAGGAAACGUGCUCCACCGGAGAACAGAAAGGGACCGACAAGUGUGAAUGCGAAUGCUUGGUUGAAUGUGAUGGCAAUGGACAUAGAUGAAGGACUUGAGGCGGACGAUCCGUUAUUAUUGAAGCCCGGGGAUGAAUUUGAUUGA